CACCUGUGGUUACGCUGAGAUCGCCCUGCCACUAUUUCAUCACUCCCCAGGAAGCCGGCACUCAGCUCGCACAGCACCGGCUCCCGCGCCCUCAGAGUCCACCCCGGAGACGAGAGCCGCCCGGCCGAAGCAAAGUGGCAAAGCGGCCAAGCAGCCGCCGGCGGGAGGUCGGGCAGCGCUCGGCUCCCGGGCGGCGGGGCGGGCGGGCCGCACGUGGCGGAGCGGCGCACGAAGCCGCCGGCAGUGCCCGCCGCCGCGGGGCAUGCGGCUAUGCGAGCGGAAGCCCCUACCGGCGCGGCGGCGCUGCGCGGCUCUGCUGGGGUCGCUGCUGCUGGCCGCCGCCGUAGCGCUGCGCGGCACCGCCCGGCCCUGCCCCGACGCCCGCCCGGAGGCGGCCGCUCGCCCCCGCUGCCGCCAGCGGCUCUACCAGGCGCUGGAGCUCUCCCCCAGCAGGAGGAUCAACUGCUCGGGGAUCGUCCGCGGGGAUGAGAAAGCCAUCCAGGAGGCCCGGCUCAGCAACCUGGAGGCUGCAAACAAAAGGGUUUCCCUGACGCCCGGCGAGUACCUCAAUAUGACAAAAGACUGCAGCAAGUUCAAGGAGACCCGACGGUUCAUCGAGUUCCCGCUGAGCCAGGAGGAGGCAGACUUUCCCAUCGCCUACUCCAUGGUCAUCCACGACAAAAUAGAGAUGUUUGAGCGGCUCCUGCGGUCCCUCUACGCUCCCCAGAACGUCUACUGCGUUCACAUUGACAACAAGUCCCCGGCCGCUUUCCAGGAGGCCGUGCGGGCCAUCGCAGCCUGCUUCCCCAAUGUCUUUGUGGCUAGCCGCCUGGAAAAUGUGGUCUAUGCCUCCUGGUCCCGGCUGCAGGCUGACCUCAACUGCAUGCAGGACCUGCUGCAGAGCCCUGUGCCGUGGCAAUACAUCCUCAACACCUGUGGCACCGAUUUCCCCAUCAAGACCAACGCCGAGAUCGUCCGUUCCCUGAAAGUGCUGCAGGGGCAGAACAGCAUGGAGUCUGAGAAGCCCUCAGCUGCCAAGCAGCAGCGCUGGCGGUACCACCACAAAGUGGGGAAGUUCAUCUCCCGGACAACCACAGAGAAACCGCCACCACCCCACAACUCCCCCAUGUUCACGGGCAGCGCAUACAUUGUGGUCACGCGGGCCUUUGUGCAGCACGUUUUCGAGAACCCCACAGUGCAACAGUUCCUCGAGUGGGCCAAGGACACCUACAGCCCUGACGAGCAUGUCUGGGCCACCCUCAACCGCAUGCCCGGUGUGCCAGGCGCCAUGCCCCAGAGUGACAAGUUCCAGCUCUCGGACAUGAACGCCCUGCCCCGCCUGGUCAAGUGGCAGUACAUGGAGGGCGACACCAGCAAGGGUGCGCCCUACCCGCCCUGCACUGGCCAGCACCAGCGCGCCGUCUGCAUCUACGGGGCGGGCGACGUGCCCUGGAUGCUCCAGCAGCACCAUCUCUUGGCCAACAAGUUCGACCCCCUCGUGGACGAUGCCGCCAUCCAGUGCCUCGAGGAGUACCUGCGACACAGGGCCCUCUACGGCCGGGGACUCUGAGGGGAAGCCGCGGAGACCCUCGCCAGCACCUGCCUCCUUCCGUAGGCGGAGUCCCGCCGGCGGCACCCCGGGGACCGCGGGAGCGGCUGGAGCCCUGAGUCGUGAGGCGCGAUGCGCGCGGGCGCGUGGAUCUGCGCUCUCCUGAGGAGAGGCAACCGCGCGCGCGCAGAGCCGCCAGGCGCGUGAGGUAACUAACGGUCACAACGGCUGCGCGGCCCGCGGGGCGGACCGGCCGCCGGGGCGGGAAGGCUCGGCCCCCUCUGCCCUGCCUCCUGCCCUCCGACCCGCGGGCUUCUCCUCCGUCACGGCGGGGGGCGCGAUCUUCCGCCCGGCCCCCAGGCAGCUUUCUCACAGACCGUCUGUAGCGGACGUAGUGUCUUUUCCCAUUCUCCUGCCACAGUCCAUUCGCAAAAGUGACCCCAGGACUUCUUGUUGUAGACGGGCAGGGCCAGGUUAUGGUCCAUGGUGACUCCACGUUCUGGUACAAGCAGAGCUGAAACUAUAAUAAAUUGGCUUUUGGACAAAGCACCUGGCAGGCCACCCACUCCUGGCACCUGCUGCACUGCUUAGCUUAACGUCUGGCUGCUGCUUUCACAUAACUUUAAUUUCUGUCAAUAACCACUAGCCAAAAAAAAAAAAAUCUUCAAUAAAAUAAAAUAUACUCAAA